AGAAAUUGUGCUUGAGCACGUGUAAAGUGUCAUGCAGAGACAUGGCAACGUAAAGAUAAACGCUAUUUUUAAUGGUGAAUUUGUCGCAGGUGACAAACGCGCUAAUAAGUGUAUCACAACAAGAAAUUAUGAACUCUUUCAAUGCUCCGAUUUGCAUGAGUGGUACCAGUUACACGUCAUCGAGAUAAUCCUAGCAUCGUUGGAGGAAUUCCAAGAACGCGAUAGCGGAUGGGCGUUGUCGCGUAUACUAAAUUUAACAAUAAAUAUAAACAAAUAUAACCCUUUGCAUGCAGGAUGCAACAUCCAGUUACCAAGUAAAAUUAUGAUGAAGAAAGCGAUAGUUAAUGUAAAAUCAAAUGACAAUGCAUGUUUUGCAUGGUCAGUGGUGGCCAGUCUGCAUCCUGCUGAAAGGAAUACAGAUCGAGAAUCUUCAUAUCCACAUUAUUCUACGGUAUUAAAUCUGAAAGGCAUUGAGUUUCCAAUGACACUGCCACAAAUUAAAAAGUUUGAAAUUCUCAACAAAAUCUCCAUUAAUCUAUACUGCAUCGAGGAGAAGAAAUUAUCUAUUUUUCCUAUACGACUCACCGAACGAAAAAUGGACAAACAUAUAAAUCUGCUAUACGUGCAGGAUGACAAUGUGGGACAUUUUGCGUUGAUAAAGAAUAUGUCCCGUCUCAUGAGUUCACAACUCAGUAAGAAAAAGAAUAAGAAAUUCUUUUGUGAUCGAUGUCUACAUUAUUUUAGUUCGAACGACAAGUUGGAAAUUCACACAAUGGACUGUGGAAAGAUAAACGAUUGCGCUAUCAUAUUACCAAGCGAAGAUGACAAAUGGCUGAGCUUUAAAAAUUACUGUCGAAAGGAACGAAUGCCGUUUAUCGUAUACGCCGAUUUGGAAUGCAUCCUGGAGAAGACUGAGGAUGAGAAAAAUUACCAGCAUCAUCGAGUAUUUAGCAUAGCAUAUUAUGUACACUGUGCGUAUGACAAUUCGCUAUCAAUGUAUCGGUUUCAUCGCGAUAAGAAUUGUAUCGCGUGGUUCGUCGAGCAACUUAAAGAUUUAGCACAAAUUGUAAAUAAUAUUCUGUCGGUUAAUGUUCCCAUGGAUUUAACACAAGACGAUUGGAAAAAAUUUAACAACGCUACACAUUGCCACAUUUGUGAAAAACCAUUUACGAAUGAAAUAGAACGGGUACGCGAUCAUUGUCAUUUAACCGGUCGAUUCAGAGGUGCAGCGCAUUCAAAUUGCAAUUUAAAUUACAAAGAUUCGCAUUAUAUUCCUAUAGUUUUCCAUAACUUAUCUGGCUACGACGUGCAUUUUAUCAUCAAGGAAAUAGCUACAGCAUAUGAAGGACGAAUAGAUUUACUUCCGAUAACAAAAGAAAAAUAUAUUUCGUUUACAAAAAAUGAUCAGAAAAAUUGCAUAAAAUUAAGAUUUAUCGAUUCUUUCAAAUUUCUCGCAUCUAGUCUCGAUAAAUUGGCAUCUUUUCUUAGUAAAGAUAAGCUAUGCAUAAUGCAACGGGAAUAUAGUAAUUUAUCAACAGAAAAUUUCGAUCUGUUAACACGAAAAGGUGUCUUCCCAUACGAGUAUGUUGACUGUGUAGAAAAAUUGGAAGAGUCAUGUUUGCCACCGCGCGAAUUAUUUUACAGUUCAUUGACGGGUGACACAGUAUCCGAGAGCGAUUACGCGCAUGCUGUCAACGUGUGGCAGCGGUUCUCCAUCCGAACGCUCGGAGAUUAUAGCGAUUUAUACUUGAAAACUGACGUACUGUUGUUGGCUGAUAUCUUUGAGAAUUUUCGCGAUAGUUGCAUCGCGAGUUAUGGACUCGAUCCCGCAUAUUAUUAUACUUUACCCGGUUUUACGUGGGAUGCAAUGUUGAAAUAUACACAUGUAAAUUUCGAACUGCUAACAGACAUUGACAUGAUCAUGUUCAUCGAACGUGGCACACGUGGUGGUUUGAGUCAAUGUUCGAACAGGUACGCACAGGCCAACAACAAGUACAUGAAGUCAUACGAUCCAUCGAAAUCAUCAUCGUACCUGAUGUACUUUGAUGUAAAUAACUUGUAUGGUUGGGCAAUGUGUCAGCCAUUACCAUACAAAGAUUUUCGAUGGGUAGAUGACGUAACAAAUUUUAAUUUUAUGGACAUCGCGCUAGAUUCUCCAACAGGUUACAUUCUUGAAAUAGACUUAGAAUAUCCACAACAUUUACAUGAUGCGCACAUUGACCUACCGUUCUGUCCAAUGCGUGAUAAACCGCCCGGCAAGCGGCAAGACAAGCUCCUCGCAACCUUAUACGAUAAGAAACGUUACGUCAUACAUUAUCGUAACCUGCAGCAGUGUACUCGUCACGGCCUUCGAGUGACAAAAAUACAUCGCAUAUUACAGUUUGCACAAUCACCAUGGCUUCGCGAUUAUAUUCAGUUAAAUACAGAUUUCAGAACAUGCGCCAAAAACAAUUUCGAAAAAAAUUUAUACAAAUUAAUGAACAACGCAGUAUUUGGCAAAACCAUGGAGAACGUGCGCAAUCACGUCGAUGUGCGACUUGUGACAAAAUGGAAAGGCAGAUACGGCGCGGAGGCAAUGAUCGCUAUGCCAAAUUUCCACAGUCGUAGUGUCUUUUCAGAGAAUUUGGUUGCAAUCGAAAUGCGUAAGCUUGAGGUGAAAUUUGACAAACCAAUCUAUGUGGGUAUGUGCAUCCUUGACAUAUCUAAGACAUGUUUGUAUGAAUUUCAUCAUGAAUACAUGGCGCCGAUGUUUCGCGAGAAAUGUAAAAUUAUGUAUACUGAUACGGAUAGCUUAAUAUAUAACAUUGAAUGUGAUGACGUAUACGAAAUUAUAAAGCGCGAUAUUAAUAAAUUUGACACGAGUGAUUACGCGGUUGAUAAUGCAUACGGUAUUCCGCUUGUUAAUAAAAAAGUGCCAGGUUUAAUGAAGGAUGAAAACAAUGGUGCGAUCAUGACCGAAUUCAUAGGGCUUAGAGCAAAGAUGUAUGCCUUGCGCGUUGAUGGUAAAAACGACACGAAGAAAGUCAAAGGAAUCAAGAGCAACGUUGUGGCAAAAUCGAUAACUUUCGAUGAUUACACGCGAUGUUUACAUGAUGAGAUUGAAAUGACACGACAGCAGUCAAGUAUUAGAUCGAAAUUGCAUGAGGUGUAUACUAUAUCCGAAACGAAAAUUGCUCUUAGUCCGUAUGACGAUAAGCGAUAUAUUAUGUCAGAUUCUAUUGACACGUUGCCUUGGGGACAUUAUAAAAUACCAAUGUAAAUAAAACACUUAAUUUGUAUAAUAUAUGUAUAUUUGUGUAAUUGUAAUAAAAAUUACAAAUAUCUUGUAAAUAAGUAAUACAUUUUUUUACAAUACAUUAUCCUUGUGUAUCCACGAAUUGUGUGAAUUAUCAAAUCCCAGCCAUUUCACAUAAACCUCAUCCCCUCUUUUGCGUAAAAUUUUUUCAACGAGAUACAAGUUAGAAUUACCGACUCGCUGAAGCUCAUAUUCGUAAAAUCCACCGCUGAUAUGUUUUCCACAGGAAUCCUUCAAUAAAUACGUCACGGGAUUAGUUCUCUGCACUUUGGCAAUUUUAAAUAUCUCCAUAGUCCAAUUCGGUGUAUAACCUUUAUCAAAAAUGGUCUUAAAUUUGCUCACGCGUACCGAUUCACCCACUUUGAACCGCGCGGGUGCAGCAAUUUUUAUGCGACUAUACACAGUGGAUAAGAGUUUUUCGGCAAUCGCAGGGGUAACAUUGAUAGGUCGCAUACCAAUAGUACGAUGCCUUCGCGAGUUGUAUUCUAAUACGAGACGUGGUAACAAAUCGAUCCAUUUAUAAUUUCCAUUAAGCGUAAACUGCUUCCACAUGUCGUUCUUUAAUGAACGGUUGAACCGUUCAACGACUGAUGCCUUCAUUACGGAAUAUGUUGAAUAAUGAUUGAUAUCAUGUUUUUUCAAUAGUUUCUGUACCGUGGCGUUGUAAAAUUCUUUUCCUCUGUCAGUCUGCAAAUUUUUUGGACAUCUUUCAUCGUCUCGUAUUAUCUUUGCAAUCGCAUUAGCCACUUCAUUGCCACUCUUGGCCUUGAGAGGCACAGCCCAUGCAUACUUGCUCAAUACAUCGAUAACGGUGAGUAUGUAAUGGUAACCUCGGUUAAAUCUCAUGUAAGGUCGCAUCUCAACCACAUCCGCUUGCCACAGGGCAUCGUAUCCGCGAACAAUGACAUGCCUUCUCGGAAAAUUUCUUCUCGCUGGAGCAUGAAGUUCCUCCACUAACAGCUGCUUUUCGGAAUUGUUCAUGUUUGAUUCACAAAUGAUGGAGAGAUCUAAUGUAUCGUUUUUUCUACUCUGCGCUAUGAGUCACUGUAUCGAGUUGUCUUUGAAUUUUGUUAAGCAUAAUCUCCAUCUUAUUUUGGAGAGUAACAAUCUUCCUCUCGAUUUCGUCCUGGUGAUCUUUCAAAAUUUGUAUGCUCUGUUGUACAUAUCGUUUAUUGGCAGCAUCGCUAUCAUCUACAGGUAACGCUACGUGACGAAUCAUGCAUGACUUUGCAUCAAAAUUGGCGUUGACCUUGCAAAGAGCAUUAUCGCGGACGUAACUUCUUAUUAAUCCGUUCCAUUUGUAAUACGAUUCCGUUCCGCUACUUCCGAGCGAUAUCCCAAACUUAUUGAUUGACAUUUCAACGUUGACUAAAAUAAUAUGAAUAGCACGACUCAAUUUAUAAUUAAACUAGCUUCGCGAAGUUCCUCGAUAAUCGACAGGAUCUCGUUAUCGUGAGCGUUGUGUCCAGCUUGGCGUGAGGCCUCGAGCAAUCGAAGACGAUCGACGAGUUCGUUCGGAUCGUUCCAAUGAACGUAAUCAAUCUUGUUGUCGUUUAACGUAACGUUGUUCGGUAUACCUCGUCCAACUUUAUCCAGUGCUAACAUGGGGGAGAUUAUAUUUUUAUACUUGUGUCCUUUGUUACCUAGUAUUGGAUUAUAUUCACCAUGGUCUCGCCUAUGUGCGUUUGUAGUUAAUAUGAUAUCCUUAUACUUCUCUACAUCGUCAUUCGUGUAGAUAUCAGCGUUGGGUAUUUUCAUGAAAAUUAACUCGUACAGACCUUGAGUACCCUUGUAUCUUUUACCGUCUAUGGAUAUAUCAUCGUUCUUGUGCAAGUCGAUACGUUUGUUACCAAGCAUCGUUCCGGUAUUGUUGAAGUAAACUCCGUAAACAUUAUCUACGUUGACCGUUUUUUUACCGCUCAAAACAGCUCCCAUAUAUUUUUGUCCCAAUGGACCAUAAUGUAUUUGUAAUUUUUGUUGCCCCUCAGACGUUUCUAACUGUUGUCGAACGGACAUCACAAGCGGCUCAUCGGUGAUUUCGAAAACCUCUUCAACGGAGGGUGCAUGAUUCUGCAAUAAAUCGCUAUCUUGUAACAUUUGUGAUGCUUUAUUAAAAUUAAUUGGUACAGUUUGCAAUUUAAUUGGAGUAGAAGUCAUUAUUGAAUUAUUAAACGAAAUGUUCGACCGUUUUCGUUUUGGUUCCACGUAUUCUUCAUCUCCCGAAAAGAAUGCUUCACUCUCAGCCUGUUUAGACCCAUUUUCAAUGGUAUUUACAACUCCAACGGUAUUUUCAACAAUCUGUUUUAGAGGUUCAAUGAUUGGCUUAAAAUGUCUUUCCAAUGCAAUAUCUUCUUCCAUUUUACCCGUUUUUAAUGCGCGAUAUUUUUUGCGAAUUGUGUUACUUGUUUUUACAAUCUGUUUAGCUAUCUUCUCGCGAUCUAUGUUACUAUCCAUGUUGAACAUUCAACGUAUCGACAACAACUAAUCAUUCUACGGUAUUGCAAAGUCGUUAAAUCCUUUUCUAUAUCUUCCAUCGACAAGCGCGCUGUCCUUGUCUAUUACUAGAAAUCCAUAUUUUUGUUGCCAACAAAUCUGGCAUAAAUCGCAGAAAUCCUUGUAAGACAUGUCAGUGUUUACAUGAUCGUUGUAUACAUGCUUCAGAUUGGUGCCAUCCUGUUUGAACAUAAUUAACAAAUUCGCGUUGUCACGUAUAAGAUGCUUCGGUAUCUUGGCAUACGUCUGACAGAGAUAGAAGCAGUCAACGUUAGCAUGCCGGCCCAUUGCAAAGUACUCUCUUAUCGUAUCUUGCUUGUCGCAUGCUACAUCAUCAAAGAUAAAGAUGGAAUUCGGAAGCGCUUCGCUCGGAGGAAUGACGUUGCUGUUGUUGGAGAAUGCAAAAUACCCAACUUCUUCAAUCGGUGUUAAUAAGUUUUCCAGAUAUCGAUAUUUCGGCUGCUGAAGCGAUUUCGAGUACACAUACACGUUCUCGAAACGUACACCGUGCGGGCUUUCCAACAUGCUCAUCAACACGUUUGUCUUGCCACAAUUUUAUGGACCGCAAAUGAUGCCACGUAUAGAAAUCGGUAGCAUAUUUCCAUGUCUGCGUGUUUUUAUUUCGGGUGUUACCUUAUCAUCAAAAUUAAUUACUCUAAUUGCCUGCGGUUGCCGCACAAACCGCAUAUUUUCUUUCCCUCUACGGUAACAAUAAACUGAAAAAUUUCUAUUGCGGGUAGCUUCUAUUUAUAGAGGCGCGUAGAGUGAAAUCGCUCAGUAUGCAAAAUGUUUCUUAUCGUGUCAGAUAUCUGUGAUGUACACAGUUUGACUAGCGAACAGUUAAAAUAUAUACCAAAAGUUGUUUUGCUACAAAAGUUUCACAAUUACAUCGAUCAUUUAUGGGACAAAUUGCCCAAACAUAUAAAAACAGAUUCGGAGGUUCAACAGUACCGUCGGUGUUUCAAACAUUAUAAUUUACCGUCUCAGCAUACGCAUAUAGACGGUCCGGCACCGUUGAGAAAGAAUUGCUGCGAAUGCCUGCGAAAGGCUGCGGUUUGUUAAAUCGCGCGAUUAAUGCACUUCCUUUCGAAUUACAUAUCCCCGGUUAUCAGUAUUGCGGUCCAGGAACACGUUUAGAAGAGCGAUUGGCUCGAGGUGACCGAGGCAUCAAUCCAUUGGAUGCGGCGUGUCGUGAGCAUGACAUAGCCUAUUCGCACAGCAACGAUCUCGCGAAAAGACACGUGGCUGAUAAUAUACUCGCCUCGAAAGCAUGGAAACGCAUUACAGCGAGAGAUUCAAGUCUCGGAGAGAAAGCUGCUGCGACAGCAAUUUGGGCGGCUAUGAAAACCAAGAUGAAAAUCGGUAUGGGUCUGAAAUCAAAGAAGAAAAAGAAGAAGACAACACGCAAGCGGAUACUUCCGGUAGCAAAACGUGGUGGUAUCCUACCCGUCCUGCCAUUGUUGGGAGUUCUCGGGUCAUUGGUCGGAGGAGCGGCUGGAGUAGCAAAGGCCGUAAAUGAUAACAAAGCGGCACAGCGUCAACUGGAGGAAUUAAAACGUCAUAAUCGUGUCAUGGAAGGUCAUGGAGUUUAUCUCGCUCCGUAUAAGCGCGGCGGAGCAGUAU